AUGUUUACCCUCAUUGGGUUUAAUCUAUCAUCGGCAGCUGCAAUAGAAACGGGUGAAAAUGAUACACCAAAAUCAAUGGACGAUUUCAAAGAAAAUCUCGAAAAUCUUCUUCAUGUUUUCUCUGAAGCGAUACAAGAAAAGGCUGAAUCCGAUGAGAAUAUGGAUCUGAAGGACCUUAUUCCGGAAAUUAAAAUUCAUGAUGAAGACGACAAACUGGAGGUACCUAAUGAAGAGUCUUCCAUUGAGACUGAAGAGGAAGAAGAUCCCCUAAGUGAUGAAAUUUCAACUGGCGAAGAUGACGAAAAUGCCAAUAGCAGAAUAUAUUGUUACUGGCGAGGUCGUUAUGGUCGUUGCUGUAAAAGAUUUAGAAUUUUCAGAACUAGAAUUAUGUUGAAUGUCUGUCUCAGUGCUUAUAUUUACCUACCAAGAUAUAUGAAAAUUACUCUUCGACUUAACGGACAUACAUUAUGGCGGCAUACUCUCAUAUCUCAUCACAGGUACCAAGUAUGCUUGAGGAGAGGUCACUUGCACAUUUGCUUCAACAUAUAUAAAUUAUAUAUUUCCUCGCACAGUGUCCAUGCAUGUCUCUCUUUCCACGUACAUUAUCAUUUUUUUCACUAUGGACUCCUCUCUCUCUCUCUCUCUCUCUCUCUCUCUCUCUCUCUCUGA